AUGUUCAAAGUAUGCAAUAAAUUAAACCGUAACCAAUUAAAAACACUAGAAGAAUAUAGAACCUUUCAGAAAUCUAGAAGAUUGUUGUCAACAACUACUCCACAUUCUGCAGAAAAAUCCUCAGAUUCAAAAAAAGAUGUUAAACAAUCAAAAUCUUUCACCAUGAACUUGUUUCGUGGUCAGCUACAAACUUCACAAGUUUUUCCAUACCCUAAUGUAUUAAAUGAUGAACAAACUGAAACGUUAACAAGUCUAGUAGAUCCUGUGACAAAGUUUUUCAAAGAAGUUAAUAAUCCACUCAAGAAUGAUGAGAUAGAAACGGUAGAACCUAACACUCUUGAAGGAUUAUGGGAUAUGGGUGCUUUUUCUUUACAAGUACCUCAAGACUUAGGCGGUUUGGGUCUCAGCAACACUCAAUAUGCUAGAAUGGUAGAAAUUGUUGGUGCUCAUGAUUUAGCUGUGGGUAUUGUUUUGGGAGCACAUCAGUCCAUUGGAUUUAAAGGAAUAUUGCUAUUUGGAACACCUGAACAAAAAGCUAAGUAUCUACCUAGAGUAUCCAAUAAAGAAUUUGCUGCAUUUUGUCUGACUGAACCGUCAUCUGGUAGUGAUGCUGGUUCUAUCAAAACUCGAGCAGUUUUAUCUCCUGAUGGCAAACAUUUUAUUCUAAAUGGAAAUAAAAUAUGGAUUAGUAAUGGAGGAAUGGCAGAGAUAAUGACAGUAUUUGCACAAACUCCAGUGAAAGAUGAGAAGACUGGUAAAACAGUUGAUAAGGUGACUGCUUUUAUUGUGGAACGAGCAUUUGGGGGUGUAUCAAACAGUCCACCAGAGAAGAAAAUGGGUAUCAAAGCUUCGAACACAGCAGAAGUGACUUAUGAAGAUGUCAAGGUACCAAUUGAAAAUGUUUUGGGUGGUGUCGGUCAAGGUUUUAAAGUUGCUAUGAACAUAUUGAACAAUGGACGAUUUGGAAUGGCUGCUGCUUUGUCUGGUACUAUGAGAUCAGUGACUGCCAAAGCCGUAGAACAUGCUACCACCAGAGUACAGUUUGGUAAACGUUUGGACUCAUUUGGGAGCAUACAAGAGAAACUAGCUCGCAUGGCUAUGCUGCAUUAUGUGACAGAGAGUAUGGCUUAUAUGAUAUCUGGAAACAUGGAUUCUGGGUCUGUUGACUAUCAUUUAGAAGCAGCAAUAUCUAAGUGCUUUGCAUCCGAAUCCGCUUGGUAUGUGUGUGAUGAAGCUAUACAGAUACUAGGUGGAAUGGGCUACAUGAAAGGUACAGGCUUGGAAAAAGUUAUGCGUGACUUAAGAAUUUUCAGAAUAUUUGAAGGUACUAAUGAUAUAUUAAGGCUCUUUGUGGCCUUAACUGGUAUCCAGUUUGCGGGCAGUCAUCUUAAAGAAUUGCAAAAAGCGUUCAAAAAUCCAACUGCAAAUUUAGGAUUAAUUCUUGAAGAAGUCACUAAACGAGCUCUCUCCUCAGUUGGAUUUAGUUCUGCUCCGUCUUUAUCACACUUAGUGCACCCAAAAUUAUCAGAUGCUGCUAACCUUGCUGGCCAAAGUGUUGGUCUUUUUGGUCCAGCAGUAGAAUCACUUUUAAUCAAAUAUGGAAAAGGUAUUAUUGAUGAACAGUUCCUUUUAAAUAGAUUAGCUCAAGCAGCUAUUGAUACAUACACUAUGACUGUGGUACUUUCUCGUGCAACAAGAGCACUCAACUUGGGUCUGCCUACAGCUGACUACGAAGCACUUCUGACCCAAGUCUACUGUUCUGAAGCGAGUGACAGAGUAGCUAGCAAUUUAUUGCAACUAAAGUCUGGCAAGAACUUGGAUAACUUUUCAAAAAUGAGUAAUAUUGCUGAACAAAUGUGUGAAAGUGGUGGGUUAGUUCAACCCAAUCCUCUAAAUUUGUAAACUGUUUAAAAUGGAGUAUUAUAUUCCGUAAUUAAUUUAUAUAAACAUUGAGUCGCUUAAGUUAGGGUAAGGUGGUUAUUUUUGUAUAUUUCUUGUAUCUGAGUAAUAGAAAUGAAUUAAACUUGAGCUUGUGUACAAUUUGUUUUAUUAAUUCUAAACUAUAUCUUCAUUUAUAAAAAAUACUAAAAUCUGACUUGAUAAAAUUUUAAAAUUUGUUAAUAAAUUAUCAUUGUUUGUCUUUUUUAAUUUAUGUGAUUUGAUUUUUUUUUUUGUUAAGUAUUUUAUAUUUUAUAUUGUGUGUAUUGUAACUUGUUUAAUAAAUGAAUAUUGUCAGUCUGG